AUCCUAUCUUACCAAUCACUCGCGUCUCGUCCUUUCAACAAAUUCAAAUCCAUUUAUCUACACUCGGAAGGCAAGGAAGGAACGGAAUGCCGCUCGUCGUCGCGUUCCUCCUCGCCGCGGCCGCCGCUUGGCAGCCGGCAGCCUCCGCACUGCCGCCGGCUCCGGCGCCAGCCCGCCACGGCGACGCAAGGGCAGAGCAGCUGGACGUGGAGUUCGUGCGCGGCUGCUGCGCGCGCACGCUCUACCCGCGCCUCUGCCGCGCGGGGCUGACCCCGCACGCGGCCUCCGUCCACUCCAGCCACGCGCGCCUCGCGCUGGCCUCCGCCAACCUCACGCUCGCGGCCCUCGGCGCGCUGGCCGCGCGCAUCCCGCCGCCCAGCUCCGGCGCGCUCAGCGACUGCGCUGAGGCCGUCGCGUCGGCCGCGGACCAGGCGGCGCGCGCGGCCGAGCGGCUGCGCGGGGUCGAGCACGCCGUGGGGCUCGAGGUGGUCUGGCGCGUGGACGACGCGCUCACGUGGCUCAGCGCCGCCAUGACCGACGAGGACACGUGCACCGACGGCCUCUGGCCCCGGAAAUCCGCGCCGGCGCCGGUGAGGGCCGAGCUGCGCGCCAGGGUGCGCCGCGCCAAGCAGUACACCAGCAUCGCUCUCGCACUCGUCAACAUGCUUGCCAGUAGUAACCCAAGAAGUUAGACAAACCACGCCCAAACCGUGGUCGCUUAUCAGUUGUGAUGUAAAUUGACAAUCUUGCUCUCUGUCUCUGUUCAGUUUACGUCUGCUUUACAUAGGAGCAAUAGAGAAGGGAUGAAGCUAUGUGCCAUGGAUUGUAACUAUCCACAUACUACGGUUAUUUUACAAUCUAAUAAUGUGCUCUUGCAGAUCUUGCAGAUCCA